AUGGACGGCUUGAGUGCAAUCAUGUACAACUCCCGCAAGAUGCACAAGCCCAAGGAGAAGUGGCGCAGCCGUGAGUACGGCUUUGUCGACUUCUCAUCCGCCGCCGAGGCCGCGCGCGCCAUCGUGUGGAUGGACGGCGCGGAGCUGCCAGAGUUGAUGAAGGACCAGGCCGGCAUCAUAGUGCAGUACGCAAAGCCCGCCGGCGCCGCCGAGUGA